GCGCACUCGUUGACCCGUUUAGGCUUAGUCGAUUUAUUGUCUAUUUCUAGUACUGAAACGCUGAUCGUCACUUGAAGUUACUUUCCAACUAUACUUCAAUCUCACCCAAAUAUCUAGUGCUGUUUCUGAAUUCUCCUUCGAAGACCCGUAUGCUGUGCAAUGUACGCGCCGUUGCCCCCACGCCCCCGGAAAACCAGCAUUAGCAGAAGCAGAAACGGUUGCGUUCCUUGUCGGCAGAAAAAGCGCAAGUGUGAUGAAGCUCGGCCACAAUGUCUCCGAUGUACUCGUACAGGAGCGAUGUGCUGGUUUCAGAAGAUGCCGCUACGGUUUCGCUCCGUAAAUACAAAAACAAUAAGGUCGAACGAUUCGAAAGAUCAUCAGUGGGAAUAUAAUGGGGUCGCUGUAAAGGUAUCCUCAAAGCCUGUACGACAUGAUGGUUGCAGCUCCGAUAGCAUCGUGGAGCCUGCGUCGCCGCCAAAUGACCACAGACAACAGGACAACCUUUGGGGCAUGACUACGGAGCAACUAUAUUUAUCUUAUUUCACACAAGAAUUGACGAAUAUGUUGCCGGAAAGUGUCCGAGCGGUAGCCUCGAGAAUGACAGAACUGUCCAGUCUUCGUGAGGCUGUCAUCGCCCUCUCAGCGGCCCGACUGGCAUCCAUCGAAAGCGAACAGCAACGGAGACCUCGCUUCCAGCACUUUUCGGAAGCGCUUAGUCGUUUUAUUUCCGCGGUUCAGCAUAUACGAACAUCUCCGGCGGAUAUAGAGAAUGUGCUCGCGGCAGUCAUCCACUUGGUCCUCUUCGAGUUAGAGGUAGGGACACUCUGGGGUGUAUGUUGCCAUGUUGCCGGGCUCGAGAACUUGCUCAUGCUGCACCAGGAUGUUCUGAUGGAGUCACGCUAUGGUCGUACUCUUUUGAGAGCUGGUGUUUUUCUUAGGAUGCGGACUUUAUUCUUGCUCAACCCACUCUCGUCGCUCGGUACUGAACCUGCGACAGGGAGGUAUCUUCAGAGACUGGUCGAUGAAAUCGCCCAACCGCGGGAAAUCAUAUAUAUAAACAUGACCAGAGCGGUAUCCAUGACGACACACCUCAUUCUGGCACACUGCAUGCAGCAUGAUCAUGAUGCCUGGCACCGUGUGGCGGGCAAGAUUUAUAGUCGAUUUCAAGAUACCUCGAUGCAGCCAGCGGAUCCUCCCAUGCUACCGGAAGCAACCGAAGGAAGAGAUAUCUAUAUAUACUUGAAAGAGAUAGAAGAGCGAAACAAGGCCGUCAUUUCCGAUUCGGGAUAUGAACCGCUCGGCACGAUGCUUUCAAAGCCAAGAGAGUCCAACUCCAACGAGAGACAGCUCUUUCUCAAUAUCCCCGAACUCAAUCCAAUCAGAUUCGAUCAAUGUGAAGAAGCUAUAUUCUCCGCCGUCUAUGCUCUCUCCCAAAUAUACUGCGACGGAAAGCUUCUCCAAAGUCUGCUCUACCAACAAGAACUCGAAAGCAAUCCUCAUGUGACGGAGCAUGUAAAGACAAUCCUCGGUAUCGCAAAAGGAUACGACCCGGCCAGCUGCUUCUGCGACAGCGUCUACAACAUGAACAUUAGCUGGGUGUUAGUCUUGCUCGCCUUGCGCUGGCCAACUCAGGAGGUCAUGCGAUACCUCAAGGACGACUUCCUCCCGCGUCUGCAGCGCACAGAUGCUCUGCGCGAGGACACCGUAGGCGCAUUGCCAUGCUUCUCCCGCAUCGUGAAUCUACUAGACACGGAAACGACUCGCGGCCGUAGAAUCUACACGAUGCAACCUGUCUACGCAGACUCUGCCGAGCGAGAGCAUUUCUUCCUGAUGAAUCAGGUGCAAGGCUAUGCCAUCCACGGCCGAGACCGCGAGGGUCACUUCUUCAACGAUUACAUCUCUACCUGAUAUUAGGCUUUGUUUAACACAACACAACACAUACAUCCCCUGGGUUGAACCAGAAUGAAUCGUCCAAGGAAAGCCCAUUUAAUAUAUAAUAUACACAUUCUAACCAAGCAGAGCACAAGCUACGCAAGAAAUAUACAAAAGGAAACCAAGACCCAAGAACCAAACAAACAACGCCUACUUCACCAAGCCACCCUCCCCCCUCC